UUCUGUUUAAGUGAGGGCGGAAGAUGGCGGCGGCUGGGAUGGGUGCGGGAGUUCCGGACGGGGAAGCCGAGGGGUCAAAUCGCGAUCGCAGCGCUUUCGAAUGUAACAUCUGUCUGGAGCCUGCAAGGGAAGCCGUCAUCGGACUCUGCGGCCACCUGUACUGCUGGCCUUGUCUUCACCAGUGGCUAGAAACACGGCCGGAGCGUCAAGAAUGCCCUGUGUGCAAGGCCGGAAUCAGCCGCGACAAAGUCAUUCCUCUUUAUGGACGUGGCAGCUCUACGCAGCAGGACCCCAGGUUGAAGACACCCCCUCGACCACGAGGGCAGCGCCCAGAGCCAGAAUCUCGAGGGGGCAUGGGUGGCUUCCCUGAUGCAGCCACAGGUUUUCACAUGGCAUUCGGCAUUGGUGCUUUCCCCUUUGGGUUUUUCGCCACAGGCUACAGUGCCCCAGGAGAAAGAGCAGAUGCAGAUGCCGCUCGGCCGUCAAGCUGGCAGGAUUCACUAUUUCUCUUCAUUGCAAUCUUCUUUUUCUUUUGGCUGCUCAGUGUCUGACUGGCUGGACCCCACAGGACUAGCCAUAUACUAAAGACUAUUGGAACUGAAUAGAAGGGCUGUGAUAUAUUAGGGGGAAGGGCAGUUUUGGGGUGGAGGGUGACAUUGCUUGCUGGCUGCACAAACUGGACAAGAUGGGGGUCAUUUAAAACUGCAGAUGCAGGAUAUUACUCAGACAUGGAAAGUCUUCUUCAACCUUUUCCUUAAUCCCACCACAGAAUUAAACUAUAACAGAGCUACUUCUUGGGUGGUCAUGCAAAAUGGGGCACAUGCGUAUCUCCUCAUGUAAUCGCAUGUAUUGAGUGGGAGAGGAGUCAAAUAUCCUAUGGCGGAGUUGUUUCCAUCUCCCUCCUCAAUUUAAAAUUUCCAGAGCUUGGAGUGGGAUUUGCGUCGGAAGCCUGUUGCCUGUUAGAAGAGGGUAGCAAUCAGCCUGAGAACUACAUUUAGCUGUUGGAGGGCUUUCUACUGAUCCAUCAAGGCUGUUCCACUUGUGUACCACCUUUAUGUACAUCUGUGGAGUAAAGGGGAGGAGGAUGCAGGAGGAAGUGUGUGGUUUCCUGUCACUUCCAGCAAUGAGGCUGAUCUUGUGCACUCUCCUCUCCAGUUCUCUUCUGUUUUGUCACAGCUGCAUCUCCAGUGUCUUAUGUUGCAAUUAUCCACCUACUAGGCAUCAUACAAAAAUGGAGAGAGGCAGGCCGUGGCUCUACCCUGUGAUUUAUCACUGCAUCUAUCACAUGUAAGGGGAAGGGAAUUCAGGAGGAGGGGCUGGGAGGGUCUCCUUUCCCCCACUUGCAGGGAAGAGGCAGGAGGGGAAAGGAAUGCAGCUCACCCACACCAUCUGCCAUAGUAUGGGAGGAGGCAGCAAAGGUAAGAACGGCAUGUGAAGCGUUCAUCAAAAUCUGAGGUGUACAAACAGUAGAGGGCAAGGAGCAUUGGAGGAACAUGUCCUCAGCUUCAGUGGGUUAUUUGGCCCCACAACCCAUUCCCAUGGACAACUCCAAGAAGUGGGAUGGGCUUCCGAUGUCUUAAUAUGAGACUUGUAAGUGGCCACAAGGUUCCCCAUCUUGUUUUGUGGGAAGGGUAUUUGCCCUUUGUCACUCUUUUGAAAGGGGAAAUAAGUAAACGGUAGAGAUGGGAAUUGCAGGUCAACUGGUUGUAUUUUUCUCUUCCAUGCCUCCCAGUCUGCUGAGGAUGCUAGAAAUGGAUUAGGGCUGGAAAAGGGAUGCUCCUAUUUAGGUUGCAGUUGGCUGAGGAGUUAUUCUUGAACAGUAUUUGAUGGCCCAAAAGUCUCUGUGAACAUGUGACCAGAGGAGAGAAAUGUAAAUUAACCAAUGCUGUAAUUAAAUUAACCUAUGAUUCAUA